AUGCGCCUCAACGCCGUCGCCGUCGUCUUCGUCGCCCUGAUGAGCGUCAGCUCAGGCGCUCCGGCUCCCUUGUUGGGCAGCAACGUUGGGAAGUCGCUCGUCCACUCGUUGCACAGCAAGGUUGCCCAUUGGUUGUGCAAAAUGGACAAGAGAAAACAUCACGCCAUGGUCCAUGGCAAACAAUAUAAUUGCGAUGACAACAUCGCGAACGGCACUGCCGACAAGCCCAAGAACCCCGGUGGUGACAAUUCCAUUGGGGUGACUAGCAAUCACGGCCCCAACGCCAACAGUCCCGGUGCCUCUCCCGGUGGCGCUCCCGGUGGCGCUCCCGGUGGCGCUCCCGGUGGCGCUCCCGGCGGUGCUCCAGACGCCGGCGCCGAUGCCUCCGCGCCCAUGUAG